AUGUACCUCUGGAAUUCGGCUGGAUUCUGCUCAGGGACACACCAAAUUCACGACUUGAUACUGCAAUUGAACAAAUGGAAUCCAGAGAGAGCUCCUUGCUGCUCUGGGAAGGGUCAUGCUCGGCCGCCAUCUCAUCUAGGCCCAUCUCCGGCCCGCUGGUGCCGGCUGCACAUCCAAUCCGAACUCGACCAACGGGCGGAAACCUCGGCCGACAACUUCGACCUCGCCCGGUGCCUUAACCCAAGGGCACACCACAAGCGUCUCUAUGGCUCUACAAUUGCGACCACCAUUCUGGUAAUCCAGGAGAGCGCACUGUGUGCAGCAAAUAGUCAUCGAGGGGUUGGCAGUUUGAGAGCUGAGUCCGCGGCGAUGAUUCAAAGCUUCAAAUUAGAGAAGACUUCAACAUCGGAAAUCCAUACACCUAGGGCGCACACUGACGUGGGCCAAUACCGGUUUUUACCGUGGAUCCCACGAGUGGCGCCCGCGGGAGUAUUCCGUGGGCUCCACCAAUCGGCCCACGGGUGCAUCCCGAGAUUGUCUCGUGGAGCCAACAAGGAAGCUCGCUGGGCUGCCGCUAAAGAAUCGGCAGUGGCCCUAAAAAGGAGCAGGCACGGAGUCGAACUCCGGCAGUGGACCGGGGCCAAGCAUCUAUGA